AUGGGGAUUUCAAAUAGAUUCUCAAGAAAUAAAGAUCAAGAAUCCGUUUCAGAUAUCAGCAAUAACAAUGGGAGUUCUGAUAAUGACAAAAUAGGCCUUGAAGGUCCUAGUAAACUUCAAGAUGAUGUUGAUAUUAUUGAUUUACAAGAAGCUUUAUCAUCAGAUAAUGAAGCAAAUAUUGAAGAUUUACCAGAUGAUAUAGCAGAAUUACCAAAAAUCGUUAGAGAAGCUGUUACAUUUGAAGAUGAUCCUUCAACUCCAACGUUUACUUUCCGUUAUGUGUUAUUAUCAUUGAUUUUCAUCCCACCUGGUGCUUUCUUAGAUACUAUAAAUUCUUAUAGAACAACAAGUGCAGCUUAUUCAGUGUUUUUCGUUCAAAUUGCUUCACAUUAUUUAGGUAAAUGGUUAGCAAAAGUCUUACCAAAUUAUGAAGUCAACUUAUAUUUUUUCAAAUUUAAUUUAAACCCAGGUCCUUGGUCAAUAAAAGAAAAUGUAUUAGUUACGUUAACAGCGGCUAGUGGUGCAACGGGGAAUCAAGGUACAACAGCUAUAUCAGUUGCAGAUUUAUAUUAUGGUGAUAAGACAAAUCCAGCAGUUGCAUUGUUCUUCAUGUGGUGUAUAAAUUUCACAGGUUAUUCAUUUGCAGCCAUUGCAAGAAAUUUCUUACUUUAUGAUCCAAAGUUCAUUUGGCCUCAGGCAUUAAUGCAAACAAAUUUAUUCAAUUCAAUGAAAAGAGCGGAUUCUAAUAUUAAAAUUGGUUCUAAACAAAUGAAAGUCUUUUUUGGAGCAAUUAUUGCAAUGACUAUUUGGCAAUUUUUCCCUGAAUUUAUUUUCCCAAUGACUUCAUCAUUAGCAUUUUUAUGUUGGGUUGCACCACGUAAUGAAGUUGCAAAUUUUAUAGGUGGUGGACUUGGUGGUAUGGGGUUCUUAAACAUUUCAUUAGAUUGGUCAAAUAUUGGAUCAAGUGUUAUGUUGUCACCAUAUUGGACUAUAGUUGUUCAAUUUGUUGCAUUUGUUCUAGGUGCUUGGAUUUUGAUACCUGCUGCUAAAUGGGGGAAUUUAACAUCUUUUAAACAUGGUUUAAUGUCUAAUAAAUUAUUUACUGCUGAAGGUGAUCCAUAUCCAACUACUGAAUUAAUGAUUAGAGAAGGCCAUGAUAUUUUUUUCAAUCAAACUGCUUAUGAAGUUUAUGGUCCUUUACAUAUGGGUGCUCAAAGAGCUUGGGGUAUGUUUUUCGAUUAUGCUGCAUACAUUUCUGCAAUUUCAUGGAUUUUGUUAUUUGGAUUAAAAGAUGUUUCGCAAGCAUGGUCCAAAUUUAAAGAAAGAUACACUCAGAAAACAACCUCAAGAAAAGAAAACAACUAUAAAACUAUUAGUGAAACAUAUUCAGAUAGACUUAACAAAAUUCAAUCAGCAUAUCCUGAUGUUCCAUUAUGGUGGUAUCUUGUUUUAUUUGGUAUAACUUUUGUGGUUUUAAUUACAAUCUUUGCAACUGGUCAUAUGUUCAUUCCAUGGUAUACAUACCUUGUUGCCUUAGGAUUUGGUGCAGUUAUUGUUGUUCCAUUAGGUUAUCUUUAUGCAAUUUCUAAUUUUCAAUUAGCAAUCGGUUCUUUCAAUGAAUUAAUGUUUGGAUUAAUCAUUCAAAGUAGAUCAGGAGGAAAACAUCCAGCUAGUGCAAGUUCAUAUGGUGCUAUUGCAGGGGAUGCAUGGUAUCGUGCACAAUAUAUGUUACAAGAUCAAAAAAUUGGCCAUUAUAUGCAUAUUAAUCCUAGACAUGUUUUCUGGUCACAGAUUGUUGGUCAAUUAUUUGGUGUUCCUUUCAACUAUUUAGCUUUAAGAUGGGCUAUUGAUACUAAAAGAGAUUAUUUGGAUGGUACUUUAACAGAUCCUUUACACCAAUGGACUGGUCAAAGUAUUCAAAGUUAUAAUACUAUGGCUGUUCAAUAUGUUCUCGUGGGCCCUUCAAAAUUAUUUUCAUUAUCAUAUAAUAAAAUCAUUCCUUAUGGAUUCUUAUUUGGAGCUUUAGCACCAGUGGUUAUUUAUGCGCUACAUAGAGCGUUCCCAAAGGGUAAAUUCAAUUUAUGGAAUAUAACAGUCUUCAGUUCGGCAAUGUCUGGAUUUUAUGGUAAUUUAUCUACAGGUUAUGUAUCACAAAUCAUAGUUGGUACUAUUUCAAUGUUUUAUUUCUUUAGAUAUAGACAUAAAUUAUGGGCAAGAUAUAAUUAUUUAUUAGCUGCUGCAUUUGAUACAGGGUUUAAUUUAUCAAUAUUGUUGAUCUUUAUAUUCUUCAGUGCUGGGAAGCAGGUUACCAUGCCUAACUGGUGGGGGAAUAAUGCAGAUUCUGUUGAAAGAUGUUUUGCACUAUGA